AUGCUCACAGCAAAGCGACUCCCAUCUGGCAAGCCGCCGCGCAAGCGAUUGGCCUGUCCAAGCUGCGCUCUACUCACACUCGUCAUCUCACUGGCCAUCAUAGUGGCGUCACUCGCCAUCCUUCUCCUCUAUGACGUGGCCACGCCCCCUCUCUCCAACACUUUUCUCUCUCAGCGCGACUUCCCUCAAGGCCAGCGUCUCCGCCAGAAAACGCGGAGGGUAACAAAACUGGGCGCGUCGUGUGACGGAUUCGGCGUGCAGCGCGAGCUCUUCUUCCACAAGUUCGGCGGCGUUCAUUGCGCGCUCGUUGCAUGGGAGAGUGCGGACGAGUACGAGGAGGAGGAUCGUUACAUUGCGAGAUUGGAGACGGUCUACAAAGUGUUUGCAAGCAACGUGUCGGCCGACGAGUAUUUUACGAAAUUCUGGGGCACGCAUCUGUAUGAUCACUUGCCGCCGUAUUUGUAUGUCGACCAGAGUGACAGCUCGCCACUUGUCGGGCAACAGACGCGCGCGUUUCGCUGGGAUUCGAGCAACGUGCGACCGGGAAUGCCCGUGCCGUUGCAGGCCGCCUCCACGCCGCCUCACAUCAUCUUCCUAUUUCGUGAGGGCCGAUUCUUCGUGAGAAUACUGAUGAGGUCGUUUCCGAACGGGCGAGAUGCGAGAAUGAGUAGCGAAACGGCCGGAAGCUCGUGGGCGUGGCUCGAAUUCUUAGCAUUUUUUGCUCUCAUUUGUUGCAGUCUGGGGAGAAUUAUUGUUGAUACGAUAAGAAGAAAUGAGCCAUCGGAGAGACGCAAGAUGUUCGUUAAGCUUCAAGCUGACGGACGGAGUAUUGUUUUUGGAGGAAUGAGAUCAGUGACGUCAGAGUUGCGAUCAUUGUUCAAGUAUGUUCGAAAACGGUGCAAUAAUGCAAGAAAGUGGAUUUGCCUACGAAUGUGGCAGAUUUACAGUCAGUUGAUUACAGAAGAUUUUGGGUCUAAGAUUUUGGUAAUACGUGAUGCCAGGCUUCUGUUUAUUGCAGUUGUUGUGUUGCUGCACAACAGAUUUCAUGCAUUCCUGAAGCCAUAUUCUCAAAUGUCUGUCAGUCAUCUCAGAUGGCUCACAAUUGUCGCAACUGCUAUUGACAGAAGUCAACAGAACCAGCCUAUUGUGUUUGCAAACAGUUAAGAGUGUGACUUGAUGAGAGGACUAGAUCAUAACGUGAUGAGAGGACAGCAGAAUGCUGUAGCUAGAAUCGGCACUUGAUAUUUUCUGAGGAUGAUACCCAAAUGAGACGUGCAUGUUACGAGUAGAAUAAAAGUUUGGUGACUAUAAUUCUGUAGCAAUAUGAUGCUU